GACCCGCCGGGGGGACGGCUCGCUGCCACCAAAGGCCGCAGAAUGUCAUGGCGGUGUCACGUCCGGGACGGGACGCGGAUGGCAGGCAACUGGCAGGAGAAGAUUCCGAGCUGACAUCCCUGAAAACACGUUGGCAGAAGGCAAAGUUCCGCUUGAGGCUGUUGGAGGGUCACAAUGACAUCAUCACCUGCGUGCUCGCCGUUGACAACCUGGUGAUUUCUGGCAGCCGCGAUACGACCAUCAAGGUGUGGCACGUUCCCACGGCAACGGAGCACAAGAACCUGGGGGGUCACACCGGCGGGGUUACCAGCCUGUCUGCCCCUCCCGCUGAGUACUGCAAAAAGCUGGCCUGGUCGCUGUCAUUGCCAGACGACGAGAGGUUCAUUUUGAGCGGCUCGGCGGACUGCAACGUCAAGAUCUGGGCCCUGAGCGUCGGCCAGUGUGUGAAGUCUAUCUACACGUUCAACGCUGUGACAGCGCUCAGCUUUGUGCCGGAGGGCGACGGCUACAUCGUAACUGGAUCAGACGGGGGCAAGGUUCAAGCCUGGAGCUGGCGCACUUUGGAUAACUGCCAAUCAAUCAACGCACACCAGGAAGCGGUCACCUCCAUUCAGUGCCAGGGUCCGCUGGUGUUCAGCGGCUCGUCCGACGGAGGGGUGUCCGUGUGGGAGAACCGCUGUAGCGAGCGAGACCCCCUGAGACUGCUGCACGGCUGGAGCGGUCAGGUGACAGGUUGCGCGGGGGGGCGGCUGGCCCUCAGUCCCCGCGGGGAGAGAGUGCUGCUCGCGUACGGGCGGCCCUGGAUCAACAUCCUGCACUGGAUCACGGGAACGGUUUCCAGACUGACCAAUCACAGUAGCGUCACCGGGGUGACCGACUGCGUGCACCAGACAGCCGGCCUCCUCAUUGGCUCCUGCUACGACGUGGCCAAUGGCGAGAGCACGCUCAACUUGUUCUCCCUGCCUCAGUGUCGCUACCUGGCCUCUCUGACCUGGCCCCGAGCCCCCAGAAUGCUUUGCUUCGCCGCAUGGACCACGGGGAGCGGCGACCACCGCUGGGUCAGCGGCGGGCGCGACCUCGUGGUGUGGGAGCAGCUCCCUGGCUCCGGAAAGCAGAGCUCCAUCGCUCCUGUCGUACAACUGACCGCCCUCGUCUCCCUGGUCCUGGUCGUCCUGGUGACACGGCCCUCUACUUGUCACUGUGACGACGAGGGCGAGGAGCGGGCGGAGGCCCUGGCCGUCCAGCUGUCCGUCAGCGCCCAGGCGACGCCCACCCCUCUCUGGGCGGUGGUCUGGGGGCCCACGCACCCCCUGGAGGACGAGACCCACCACCUCCUCUCCAGUCAGGAAACGGAGCGGCUGCGCCAGCACGGGAGCCAGCGGGAGGCGGGUACGGCCGCCGCGUCCUCCGCCGACUGGCUCUACCCCGACGCCAGCACGCAUCCCCGAGAGGAUGCGCGCCCGGAGUCGUGGAACCGAGAGGGCGUGGAGGACGGCGGGGCGGAGGAGGCCGAGCUGGAGGAAGUGGACCCUCAGUUCUACGUCACUGUGACCAUCUCCACGCUGCUCAUCCUCACGGCGAUCAUCAUCACGGCGAAGCUCUGUUACGAUCGCAGCUGUUCCCGGCAUCCGCCCCCGAUGUCCCGCGGCGUGGCCCCGCCCCUCUCCCGCGCGCUCCCGUGCUCCCUGGCGUCCGAGGAGAGCCGGCAGACACUGCACAGCACCUCCUUCUCCUUCGCCGACCGGGAGAGGAUCCCGGUCGUGAACCUCUGAGGGGGCUCCUUUUUUUUUUUUUUUUUUUUCUCUCUGCCAUAUGGUGAACACUUCUACGGAGCCUCCAGAAUUUUUUGGGGGUCCGCCUGCAGCAGCAUUUUUCAUUUUCUCCCAAACUGUGAAAUACGUUCAGGGACCGCUGGUAUUCAAGCCGCCGCGCAAACUCCUCGGCUUCCCUGAGGUCUUAAACCUAAACUCAUCAUGCCCGCCUCUUUCCUUGCUUCCUUCCUUCCUUUCUUCUGUAAAUUUCCUCUGUGUGGCUGUCACGGCCCCGAGCUGUGCCAAGCGCCGACCCGCCGUGACGAAUCCACAAACAAACAAUUUAACAGCCGUGCAGCAUCCCCGUUUGAGGGCCCAAUCUCGCUCCCCCCGCGCGCUUCCAGUCGCGCAGUUGCACCUCGCAAGACUUGUUGUUCGCUACUCUGUCGCCACAAACAUUCCUGUUUUCUUGCUCGUAAAUGGCGGAGUGUCAAAGGCGUUUUUCGUCACGGACCGCAUCCUCGUUAGGCUGUCGAGACAACAUGCAGACUUACGACAGAUUACAUGCGCACAAUUGCCCCCCCGACAGUUUGAUCGUUAUUACAGUGGUGCCUUGAGAUAUGAUUAGCCAGCGUUCGGACGAUCUUUUGCUUUUCGACAACGGUGUAAUGGGACUUAUCUCAAAUGACUGUGAGUCACAAUCAUUGGCCAAAAGUGAACCAAUUCAUUUAAAAAAAUAAAAUAAAAAGGGCUUCAAGGAAAAACAAGCACAGAUUUAACUUUGCCUUAAUUCCACUAGUUUAAUGCUAACACAUAACAGGAAAGGCCGUCGCAUCUACUGUAUGUGGUAAAGUAAUCCUGUUUUGCACACAAAUGGUGCAACAAAACAUGUAGACAGAAAAUAUAGCUCUACUCAAAGGCACAUUUAUUCUCCGCAACAAAAAAACAAACAAAAAAACAACAACUGCUGCUUCAGUUUAUUGAGUCAAUUAGAGUAGCUGAGUCAAAUUCUUCUUCCUUUGUCUGUGUGACCAUAUUAUACUGCCGCCUGGUGGCCAGGUUUUGCAUGCCAGGAGCUGCAAUGAAUUCAUUUUCCUGCACAAACUCUUUACUUAUUUAUGUUAUUUACUUCUGUUAUGCCUAUAUUUUUGUACAUAGUGCAACAUUACAGAGUUUCUUUAAAAAUCGUGUGAAAAAUAAAGUUUUUGGGGAGGGAUUUCCAUUCAUUUCAUUCGGAAAGUUGAUUUGAAAUAUGAAUAUUUUGAGCUCAGCACGCGGUCACGGAGCAAAGUAAACUCAUAUCUCAAGGCACCUUUGUGGAAUAUACGAACACCUAAUUGAAUUGGAAAUCAUACGUCAUAGAAAAUUCUUCAAGUACAAGAAGCCGGUAGACUGAUGGGUUUAAAAAUUGACGAGAGAUGCCACACGAUAGCAGCAAAGGACUACCAGUGUCUUGAUUGCGACACCCGUGUUGUAAAUGAUCAGAAAAUUCAUCCACCAUCGAGCGUCGGCAUCUCCUAACAAGGAUUGAUGACUUUCACCAAUCUGUUGGGCGGGGCAGGAGCCAACGGGCAACUGUUGAACACGUCCGGCUCCAAAAUGACUCCCCGUUUCCAGCCUGGGAAAAAUGCUCAUUCCUUGGGCGGGUGUUUUUCCAACUGGUAUUCCUCAUGGUUUGUUUCCUUCAUUAUCUGGCGUUCGCCUCUUUGUUCACACCGGGGUGUGAUGAGCAAAGCACUUUCUUCCAAAGUCUUCAUGGCUAUUCCGGCAACCAAUCCCAAAGGUUGGCUUUUUUCUUCUUUUUUGGGUUCCUUUGUGUACGCUUGACAACAGAGACAGAUUUACCGAGACGUCGUCAUGGAGAGCCAAGGACGACCGCGACAAGGCGACGGGGAUUUUUUUUUUUUUUGACAGGUACUGCAUCGUGGAAACAAGCACCAUCAUCUGCCUUCACGUGUAAUCACCGUAAAUCAUGCGAAAGAGGCACCAAAGGAACUUUCAAGGGAACGUUCACGUCGCCCGCCUCAUCACAAUCAAAUGUAUUAUUCAUAAAUGUCUAUUUUUCACGUACCGAUGGGCUUGUGACGUCUUCUAGAACCGCGCAAAGACACGAGUCAGACUUUUGUCUUUUCCAAGCAGUGGGACCGAAGUAUUGAGACAGCAGGUCAUUUGGAAAAUCCACGUACGCGUUGUGCACUUGAUAUCCUCGCAGUGAGGACUGUUUCACUCUGUUCCGUUCUCACUGACCAUACAGAAUGGACGGUUAAAACAUCUUGCUUACUUACCUUUUAUUGUCAGAACUCGUAACAUAACGUAGUCUCGUAACAUCGCGGAGGACACACAUCACUUCCGGUUUCCUCACCCAAAGCUGUCCCACUAGCAACAUCAACACAAUCUAACUUACUCUUGUUACAAGGACGACGAUGCUAAUGUCGAGGCAAAACUGUGCGCUCGUCAACAACGGGUUGCUAUUCUUACUCGUCUCGGCACCAAAUUCGACUUGUUCACAUCCAGAGCUUCACUAGUAGGGUUUGGCAGCUGCAGAUUCACUUACUUUUUUUCUGGAUUGAAAAAAAAAAUCUAGAUUUUAAUUUUUUAGCAGUACCAAGUAGUUGUCCUGCUACGAUGCCAAAGUAAUCCUCGUGCGUAGAAAUUUCAUUUAGUGAGAAGGGAAAAAAAUGCUACUUCUGUUCUACUCGUGUGCCGAAUUGUCUUACUAGUGAAGAAAAAGUGUCGGGCAAUACGUGGACUCGAAACUGGAUGCCAAGGCCAUGGAAUAAAGGCUGACGCCUUCCUGGCGUCCCAAUACUUUUGUCCCCAUCGAGUUUCUUCCAAGACAAGCGAUUGCGGGUGGCGUCAUGCGUGGCUCGUGCACAUUAGUCUUGUGGUUUUUAGUACAACCCCCAUAGGACUAGAUGGUCUUUCUGUACCAUGCGAGUUCAAUAAAAGACAACCCGAGUGUUUGAAA